AUGCCAGAUCUGUGGCAAGGAGACUUCAUGGAAGCUUUGCGGGCUUUGCCGUGUGCAUUGUCCUUGGAAGAAAGGCCUGGCAAGCCUGACAAGCCAGCGGGGAGCGUGGCAAAUGCUUGGGAAGCCACGGGGCUCCACACCGAGUUUUUCAGCGAGGAGGAGGUUUUUCGAGGGGUGAAGAUGUGGAAGGAAUGCGACCCGGACCAGCUCGAGAGGGUGGUUGCAUGGUGGGAUGAAAACGACCUCCUUGGCCUGCCAGUGGAUCCAGGCUGCGAAGUUUGGAAACGAGCCAGAGCAGAUAGGCGUGAUGCCGUUUUCCCGCCUCGAGUCACGGGCUACAAACCCUACGGAACGUUGGAGAUGGCCGGACCUAUGCUGUUCCAGCUCCACACCAGGUACCGCAGGGAUCCGCGCUUCAGACGAGUGGUGGAUGUGGGCGCCGGCACAGGGCGAAUGGCCUCAUGGCUAACGCACUGGAACUUCGAGGCCAUUGCCUUGGACGUUGUGCGGCCAGAGACACCGGAGUUUGAAGUACAAGAAUUUGACGGACGAACACUGCCGCUGGAAGACAAGAGCGUUGACUGUGUGAUUUUUUCUUUCGUUCUCCACCACUGCCGACACUUCGAAGUGCAGCGGGCCCUCUUAAUGGAGGCUGCACGGAUUUCACGACACUGGGUGGCCAUUUGCGAGGACACACCCGAGGAGACCAUCCACUGGAAAGCCACCCGAGGCCAUGACAGUAAGGGCACCUUCAACUCAUGGUCUGACUGGAAGAAGCUCUUCGAGAAGAUCAAUCUUCGGAUUGUCCGCUCCGCAGAUCUCUGGGAAGGUCAAAGGAACCAGCCCAGCCCAUACUUCUGCCGCAGGGCCUACUUCAUUCUUGAGGUGCAGAGUGACGCGAUCUGUGUGGCACCCAAGCUGCGGGGCGUCUCUGGGGGCGUCUUGCCUCCCCGUGGCUAUGGUGUUGCGAAGCGGGAGUGCCAAAGCUGCCAAGGGUGUGUGGAAGAGGUUGAGGAUCCUGAGGGAGAAGCCAUCCUCCGCGACAUCAAGGCAGAGUGGAUGCCAGCAGAGGAGGUGAGCAGUUUUUCCCAGCUUAAACUUCCAAAGCCUUUUGCCGAGUGCCUGGAGAGCCAAGGUUUUCGUAUCAUGUCACCCAUCCAGCGGGCAGCGUUGCCUUUGGCAAUGACUGGUCAGGACCUAGUUGGGGUGGCGGCAACCGGCAGCGGAAAGACGCUGGCAUAUCUCCUACCGAUGUUGCUGCGACUGCUGUCUUCCAACCCAGAAACCUGUGGGCCUUUUGGACUCAUCCUGCUGCCAACAAGAGAAUUGGCACUGCAAGUGGCAGCUUGCGCCAGUGAUGUGUUGGCGGAGGGCGAUGGAGAAGAUCAGUUAGGGCGGCAGAUAUCUGUAGUUUCCUUUUGGGGAGGAAGCACGCGCCAGAAGCGCAAACAACAGCAACGGCAGCUGCGGUACGGCGUGUCGGAGAUUCCCGGUGGAGGAAGCUGGAUCAUCGCUGCAACGCCUGGUCGAUUGCUAGACCUGAUAUGUGAGGAGGAGGUGGAAGGCCGGGAGCCACUGGCAACAGUGCGAGUUUUGGUGCUGGAUGAGGGUGAUAGGAUGCUGGAGGAAGGCCUUGGUGAUCAACUCGAUGGGAUCGCUCGACGCACUGCCUCCAUGCGGCAGACGCUCUUCUUCUCAGCCACCUGGCGGGAGGAGAAGGUGGGUGAGGAAGCAAGACGCUUUUGCCGACAUGCUCCUGUCAUUGUUCAUAUCGGCGAGGAUGGGGAUGCUGUCCAGGGAGGUGUCUGCAACGACGCUGAUGAAGGUGGCGGGAGUGCUGUACCUGGAAAGGCUCUGGUCUUUUGCACCACAAAGAAGUUAGCCGAGUCGGAGUACCGUUUCCAGAAUAGCUUCCUGGUGAAUGUCAGGAAUGCACCGAACGUGCUGGUGGCCACGGACGUGCUAGGGACGCAUGUCUUCGUUUUCGACAUGCCGGGCUGCAUCGAUGAUUACAUCCACCGAAUUGGGCGCACAGCUCGAGGUAUGGAUGGCCAGGGUCAAGCCAUUUGCUUCUUCGAACAUGCCGAUUGCAUUCCACAGAUGGCAGAGGAGCUUUGUCAACAUCUCGAGCAGACAGACCAAGCGAUUCCCAGCGAUUUGCGGCGCAUCGCAAAGGAGCCAAAUCGGGCAAAAGCCGCUGAAUGUGACCUCGCUUCGGCAGAUGAGCUGGGGGCCUCUUGGAAUGCCUCGGGCUUUCGGCCACUUGGCUCGAAGGCGGGUGAGGAGAGUGGCUGGCUGGUCUUCUGCCGUGGCGGCUUGCUGCACACUGACCGUGGGCCUGGCUGUUGGUCCCUCGUUGACGAGGAACUGAUGGAUGUAGAGUUUGGUGGCUUCAAGCUGCGGCUUCAGUUCAUUUUGAAGUGGGAAGGCACGGGCAAGCGACUCGCCCAGGCAGAAAGCCGCUCUCUGAGAGAUCACCUUCGCCAACAGGAGGCUCGCUCGGCAGAACAAGCCCGUCAUAUUGCAGCCUUGGGCUCAGAUGUACCUGCUCAAGCUGUGCGGCGCCUACAGGGUGAAGUCGCCCUUCUCGAAACCAAAGUGCUAGAGCAACAGGCGACGCAAGCUGCAGCAGCCCGAAAGUCUGAGAUUGAAUUAAGGGCAGACCUGGACGUGAAGAGCCAUGAGGUUCUCAGUCUCAGGAGAGCUUUGGAAGCGCGAGACAGCGAGGUGCGUCGCUAUCAGAUGGAACUGGAGGCUAUCAUCAUAGAGCUGAAUGCUUGAGACUGAAGAGUGAAGAUGGAGUGACAGAGAUUGUACAGUGUUUUUCCUGCCAGGAACACUCGUGAGUGAAUGUUUAUGCGGCAAUGAGUCAAACGAACUGACCUGGAGGCCAUCGCUAGUAGGUUGGAGGCCAUCGCUUCUAGAUUGGAGGCCAUUGCUAUUAAGUUGUAUCAGCAAAAUCUGCCGAUUCUUUUGGCUUCAUGUAUGCCCACAUCUCAGGAUCUGCGAGGGAGCUAGUGAGAGGUGCAUUGAUUUGUUGUAGACGCUUGUGACGGGGCCUCCCAAACAAGGCUCAUAAAUUUUUGCAUUCUUGAUUCUUCUCGUCAUUAAGCUUUUGUGUGUUCUUUUGUUUUCCACCAGUUCACACAUCCUCAAUGUAACGACUCACACAGUGGCGUGUCUCUUCCUGAGUGGCAAUUUCUAUUUUCUUUCAUCACCCAGUCCGUCAGGUCAAAUGCCAGGACACACACACUUAGAUUGAUGCUCGCAAGAGCUAAAUCAGUUGACGAAGUUCCACUUUACACUCAAUUAGACCUUGGCUGAGGGAACGGAAAGGCGAAAGAGUCCGGAAACCAGAAUUGUUUAACAUCGCUCAGUAGCCCUUUACAAAUGCAGGUACGU